AUGGCGACAAGUCCUACCGGCAUGGAGGACCAGGGGAGGCUCCUGGAGGAGGCCCUCAGUGUCGUCCGCACUCAAGGACAGCAAAUGCGCCGAUGCCUGGAGAAUCCGGGGAAGCUCAUGGAUGCCCUCAAGUGCGGCUCGACGCUCGUCUCUGAGCUACGGACGCCUACACUUGGACCCAAACAGUACUAUGAACUCUACAUGGCCGUCUUUGACGCUCUCCGUCACCUGUCCGAUUACCUCCGCGACUCCCAUCCUGUCAACCACCUCGCCGACCUUUACGAACUUGUACAAUAUGCUGGAAACAUAAUACCACGACUAUAUCUAAUGAUGACGGUGGGCACGGUGUACAUGGGAGUCGAGGAUGCGCCAGUCAAGGAGAUCAUGAAGGAUAUGAUGGAGAUGAGCCGUGGUGUACAGCAUCCAAUUCGAGGCCUGUUCCUGCGCUACUACCUCAUGGGCCAAGCUCGAGACAAUCUCCCUCAGAGCAUAGAUGACGGCCCACAAGGAACGAUCCAGGAUUCCGUCAACUUCAUCCUUACCAAUUUUGUCGAAAUGAACAAGCUCUGGGUACGGUGGCAGCACCAAGGCCAUUCACGCGAACGGGAACAACGCACACAAGAGCGUAGAGAGCUCGAGCUAUUGGUUGGAAGCAAUCUGGUCAGACUGAGUCAACUGGUCGAUUUGGAGAUGUAUCAGUCCAUGCUCAUCAGUCCGCUCUUGGAACAAGUCGUUCAAUGCAGAGAUGUCUUGGCACAGGAAUACCUGCUCGAGGUCAUCACAAAGGUCUUCCCGGAUGACUACCAUCUUCACACAUUACAUCAAAUGCUGUCUGCUAUUGCUCGACUGAAUCCCCAUGUCGACAUGAAGAAGAUAGUCAUUGGUCUUAUGGAUCGACUAUCGUCAUAUGCACAACGAGAAGUGCCCGAAUCUUCAUCCCCGGAGGACAAGCAAGCGGCGGAGGAAGAAGCUAUCAGCCGCUUACUAGAGAAAACCACCUUGAAGGAGGCCAAAAAGGCAGAGGCUAGACCAGAGCCGGAGCCUCCAAGUACAAAUGGCUCAGAAAGUACUGACAUCGACACUUCGGCGACCACGGAGACACCAUCGAAAAGCGAGGAAUCGAAUCCCACGCCAGAGCAGGUCGAGAGCACCCAAAACGGUGACUCAAAAGGAAUUGCUGACGUGAAACUGUACGAGAUCUUCUACGAACAAGUUGUAAACUUGGUCAAGACCAGAGGCCUAUCAAUACAGGACACAAUGGCCCUUCUGACCUCGCUCGUCAACCUCGCCCUCAACAUUUACCCCGAUAGGCUGGAAUAUGUCAACCAAGUCAUGGCGUAUGCCAGCGAGAAGGCGGCCGAAUACGUCGACUCGGCGGAUUUGCAUUCAGCAGCCACACAAUCAAACAUGCUCAACCUGUUACUAGCGCCAAUACGAUCGUACCACUCACUUUUCACCGCGCUCGCUUUACCUCACUAUCUCCCUCUUUUCCAGACACAAACAUACACGACACGGCGAGCAGUCGCUGGAGAGGUAGCCAGAACAGUACUCCGGAACCGUGUAAAGAUCACUACGGUCGAGCAUCUCGAUGGAGUGCUGGCGCUUCUGAAAGUCUUGAUCAAAGAAGGCGUGGCACAGCCAGCUGGCUAUUCAGGACUCGGCAACCGCAAUCGCGGCGACUCGGACGAGAUCGUUGAAGAACAAGGCUGGCUAGCACGGGUAGUGCACUUGGUUCAGGGCGCAGAUAAUGACACACAACUCAAGCUGCUUCAACAGACAAGAAAAGCCUACGAGGCAGGUAACGAACGCAUCAAAUACACGACACCGGCCUUGAUCACAGCCUCGCUGAAACUCGCUCGACGCUUCAAAGCACGCGAGCACUUCGAAGACAACUGGCAAUCACAGUCCUCCACCUUGUACCGCUUCAUGCACCAAACACUCUCACAACUCUUCACACGCGUCAAUCCUGGUUCAGCUGAGCUGUGCUUACGGCUUUUCGUGUGCUGCGGGCAAGUAGCUGACCAGUGUGGCUUCGAGGAGUUCGCAUAUGAAUUUUUCGCUCAAGCUUUCACAAUCUACGAAGACUCAAUCAGUGAUUCCCGAGCACAAUUCCAAGCAGUAUGCAUCAUCGCUGGCGCACUCCAGACAAGCCGUGGAUUUGGCAAGGAGAAUUACGACACCCUCAUUACGAAAGCGGCGUUGCAUGGCAGUAAACUGCUGAAGAAGCCGGAUCAAUGUCGGGCAGUCUACCUCGCAAGUCAUCUCUGGUGGGCAAUCGAGAUACCUGGGAAAGAGGAAGACCCUGCAAAUUUCUACCGCGACGGCAAACGCGUCCUCGAAUGCCUACAACGCGCUCUCCGGGUCGCUGACGCUUGCAUGGACACCGCUGUCUCUGUGGAGCUUUUCGUCGAGAUUCUCAACCGCUACGUCUAUUACUUUGACCAGCAAAACGAGACAGUAACGACAAAAUACCUCAACGGCUUAAUCGAGCUGAUCCACAGCAAUCUCUCGUCAUCGAAUGCAGAAGGCGGCAACAACCAGCAGAGUCUGGAGAAUCCGAAACGGCAUUUCUUCCGCACACUAGAGUAUAUCAAAGGCCGGGAAUGGGAGGGCGUUGUUACUGAGGCCAGAUCGUGA